GCAGAGAGGCGCGCGCGAGAGCCGAGUCUAGAGCGCGGAGUUUGGCUCGUGCCAUCGCGUCAGACUGGUCUAUCUUUUUCCCUUCUUCUGCCUUUGGUUUUUUGUGUUCGCUCUCUCUCCUAUCCGCCGUCUCUCUCGCACGCGCGCGCGAGUCAUCAUCGUCAUCUCGCUCACAGUGCCUAUAUAUAAAAAAAAAAGUAUAUAAAUAUAAAUACGGUGGACGUGUGUGCAUGAUACACGCGCGAUAAAAAAUACAUAUAGAGUUGAAACAAAAUAAAAAAACAGAGAGAAAGAGACGGACACACAGUGAACGCACAUGUUACGUAGUGCAGCAUCUCUCCCAGCAGCUCCGCGUAUUAUAUAUUAUCGUCGAAUCCCUCCACGCCUGGGUGUAUAUAAAACAACGCGUCUUUUUCCGCUCUCGUGCUCCGAGUUCUUCGCUGCUACUGUGCCAUCGCUCGACGCGCGUGUCUGUCUACAUAAGCACCUGCAUCAGUGCCUCUCCGCGUGUGUACAUCCAAAAAAAAACAAAACAAAACAAAAUACAAUCAGUGCGUGGGUGAUAGUUACUACGCGCGUGCGAAUUGGACUUUUCAUUGCACACGCUUGUAAAAUUUUCCCCGGAGCGAGCGCGAGCACGCGCGUGCAACAGCCUCCUCUCCGUAUAACACAAUCGAGAUUUGGGUUAGCCAAUGAACGCAGCCGAAUUGCGAGAUCGUCGGACAUGUGCUUGGUCGCUGCUGUGCAACGCCAGCAGCAGCACGAGCAUGAGCAGCAGCAGCAGCAGUGAGAGGAGAGAACAGCUGUUUCUCACGCAGCAGCGUGCAGUUAUAUUGUGCUGUAGCGAGGAUAGAUUCGCGCACUGUACAGUGUACUACAGUGCAGAGAAUUGAGAAGAGGAGAGAGAGAGAGAGAAGACAAGAACGGUGCUGUGCUGCUCCGCUGCGGCUCGUGCGCUGCUUAUAUUCGCGUUCUGCGUUGAGAGUAGAGAAAGAGAGAGAAAGAAAAACCUCAAUCUGGGCACAUUCACUUCUCUCCGUCUCUCGCCGUUCCCUGUUGCUGGGCGAGAGAGAAUAAACGAGUCUCUCUUUCUCGGCUCGCACACGCACAGUAUAUCACGGAGCUUAUAACGCUGUGCGUUUUCAGCGCGUGCGGUGCAUGAUCUCAUGCGAAUCGAGCCGAGGCACGCAGACACUCGCAGAGAUCGACGUUCGUGACAUUUUUUUUAUUCGAGUACAAGAUUGUUGUGCAGCGUGUCGGCUUGUGAUUUCGUGAACCUCGAAACUCGAUGAACUUGUGCGAGCAGCAGCAGCAGCAGCAGCAGCAGCGAAAAGAGAAAAAAAAUGUGCGUGUAGAGCACAGUAGUGCUCGUUUUGCGUGCCGCGAUUCACACAAGGUGCUAAUAUAAACGAUGUGACGCGUGCUGUGUCAGCUCUUCGACUUCUGCAUCAUCGAGGCGUGUGUGUGUGUGCUUGUGAAUAUAAAUAUGUGUGCUGCGCGCGUGAGGCAAGCUGGUGUUGACCUUGAAUAAAUUAUUACACCCGUUAAGUCUGCGAUUGUUGUAAUUAUAACACGCAACAUCGACAGCAUCGGUAGAAGCGGUGAGAAAAAUAGACAUGACGAGGAUCGAUGCUCGCUCAUCCGGCUGUGGUGGACGACGAUCGAGUUGGAGCAGCAUAAGAAAUCGUCGCUGCGUUAGCUCAUCCAUGGCUCUGUUUGCGAAGAAGAAGAAGAACACGUGAGAGGUGCGCGCCCCAACACAGAACAGCGAUCGUGAACAGCAGCAGCAGCAGCAGCAGUGCCCCAGAGAUCGUUCGUAGCUACUGAUCGUAAUACGAGAGUCGAUAUAUAUAAAAUAUAAAGACGGAAAGAGAGAGAAGAAUAAAAAGACUCUACACAUUGUGUGAUUAUUGUGUAUGUACACAGUGCGUAUAUAAUAGCUUCGAGGCAGUUAUGGAAGAAAAACUGCUCCGCUGCUCGAUGCUGCCACUACUGCCACGAUCAUUGAGCAAGAUCAGCGACAAAACGGAGCAGCAGCAGCAGCUGAUUUCGCAGCAGCGACAGUCCACGUUGAAAUUCACCAACAGAUGAGUUUCGAUCAUCAUCUCACCGUAUCGAGCAGAUGACGAUGAUAAUAAAAACAACGAGAACGUAAAGAAGAAAAAAAAUAACACAGUCAUCAACGAACACGACGGGUUUACCUACUACCACCCUCUACGACUAGCUCGUAUUUGUUUGUUUGUACAUAUACGUAUUAAUUAUAAAUAUAUAUAUGUAAGUGUGCACAAAGGGUCGCGCUCGUCAAGCAAGCCUUACACAUAUAAAAUACAUACAUAUGCAUACAUGUAUAUAUGGGCCAUGACCCCGGGAGCGACGAGCCUCGACGCCGAGGGCCUUGGAGCCUCCUGCGUCGAUCUUCAUCAACAACGACAGCAGCAGCAGCAGCAGCAGCAACAGCAGCAAGAACAACAAGAACCAGAGCUGCAGCAGCAGCAGCAUCAUUGUGUGCAAGUAGCGCCUCCGCCGCCGUCAGCGAUGUCACCCCCGCCGCCCCCGCGGCCCCUGCUGCCUCAUCAGACGGCGGCGGCUGCGGCAGCAGCUGUGGGCAUACCCCCGCACUGUCAGUCGCUGCUGAUCGGCGACGAGGCUGCUGCUGCUGCUGCUACCGCUGCUGUCCUUAGCAGCACCAACACAAUGCCACCGAGCUCGCCGGGUGCCAUUAACGCGCCUCGAAGUGCUGGAAGAGGUGGUGGCGGUGGCGGCAAGCAUCAUAAAAAUUGCAAACAAUCGACGCUACAGCGAUGCUAUCAACAUCUCAAGACGUCGGGCGUCGGCGAGGCCUCCAUGUAUCACGCGCUGGUCGUGAUAUUCCUCGAGUUCUUCGCCUGGGGCCUGCUCACCAUGCCGGUGAUCUCGGUGCUGAACGAGACCUUCCCGGAUCACACGUUCCUCAUGAACGGCCUCAUCAUGGGCAUCAAGGGCAUACUGUCGUUCCUGUCGGCGCCACUGAUAGGCGCCCUGUCGGACGUCUGGGGCCGCAAGUUCUUCCUGCUCAUCACCGUGGCCUUCACUUGCGCGCCCAUACCGCUCAUGAGCAUCAACACCUGGUGGUUCUUCGCCAUGAUAUCCAUCAGCGGCGUGUUCGCCUGCACCUUCUCCGUCGUGUUCGCCUACGUGGCGGAUAUCACCGAGGAGAGCGAGAGAUCCAAGGCUUACGGCAGGGUGUCGGCGACCUUCGCGGCGAGCAUGGUGAUAAGCCCGGCCAUGGGCUCGUUCGCGAUGACCCGCUACGGCGAGAACGUCGUGGUCGCGCUGGCCACGGCCAUCGCCAUCCUCGACGUCUUCUUCAUCCUCGUGGCCGUGCCCGAGAGCCUGCCGGAGAAAGCUCGGCCGCCCGUUCCCAUAUCCUGGGAGCAAGCCGAUCCCUUCGCGGCGCUGGGAAAGGUUGGCAAGGAUCACACGAUACUGAUGCUGUGCGUCACGGUGUUCCUGAGCUACCUGCCCGAGGCUGGCCAGUACAGCUGCAUCUUCGUCUACCUGAAACUGGCGAUGGGCUUCUCGGGCACGAUGGUGGCUAUAUUCAUAGCCGUGGUCGGCAUACUCAGCGUCGUGGCGCAAAUAUUCCUCGGGCCGCUGAUGCGCACCCUCGGCAGCAAGCACACCAUCAUGGUCGGCCUGCUGUUCGAGCUGCUCCAGCUCAUGUGGUACGGCUUUGGCUCGCAAAUCUGGAUGAUGUGGGCAGCCGGUCUGCUGGCCUCGAUCUCGUCGAUCACGUAUCCGGCCAUCUCGGCCUUCGUCUCGAUGCAGUCGGACGCGGACAAGCAGGGCCUGGCCCAGGGCAUGGUCACGGGCAUGCGCGGCCUCUGCAACGGCCUCGGCCCGGCCAUGUUCGGCGUCAUCUUUUAUCUGUUCCACGUCGACCUGAACGAGAAGGCGUCGGCGCUGCCGCUCAAGCCGCUGCUCGACGACAGCAACAACACCGGCACCGCGGUGCACCUCGACAUAGCGCCACAGGUGAUGGACAAUCCUUUCGGGCCGAUGGUACCAGGACCGCCCUUCGUGUUCGGCGCACUGCUGGUGAUCUGCGCGCUGUUGGUCGCCGCCUUCAUUCCCGAGGAGCAGGGCCCGAUGAUGACCGGCCAGCUGCAUCACUCGUCCUCUUCCCGGAGGCCAUCCGGUAAAUACGCAUAUCAAAAAUGUCUCUCGCUCGAUAUCAAUUACGAAAACGAUAGGCUAAGCAAUAGCGGCAGAGUCAAAGUCGGCGCUCUGUCGCCGCUCGUGGAGAAUGGCAAUUCGGCGAUUCUGUAGCCCAUGGAACUGCAUCUACUGUUGCGCAGAUCGCAUCACGAUUUUUGUUGAGCCGACCGACAACUACUGAGAGGGGGUUGGCUCUUCACUAAGAAGAAAAAAAAAUAAAACAAUGAGUCGAUAAUCUUCGCGCAUCGGUGCGUUUCGCGUACACGCCACAAUUACAUUAAGAGUCCACAGUAAAUAGAAUUUUUGGCUGUGCCUAUAUCUGUCUGUCUGUUUGCCUGCCUACAAUAGCUAUGUAUCUAUUUAUCUAUGAAAAAAAAAACUAACUGAAUUUGCCUGUCUAACGUGGAUGAAGUGUAGACGUAUGCGUGUGUGUGCGUAAUGUGUAUUAGGUGGAUACGACUAGAGCGUAUCAUUUGUGAAUUAAUUAGCUUUAAUUUCAGUCCGCAUGGUCGGUCACAACGCGCGAGCAUUGUAUUUCAAAUUGAGAUAACAAUUUUCAUGUACAUACUUAUGAGUUGAUUAUGAAAGCAAAAUUUAAUCUCAAAUACUUGCAAAUUUUAUAAAUUAAAGAUCGAAAGUGCAAAUGUUAAAUUUAUUAUUCAAUUUGAAGGUACUUAAAUUAACUAGGUAAAUGUCAAUUUUUUGUCAUUGUAUGAAAUCUUUUUUAUAAAAUUAUAAUAUUCAGUCAAGGUUGCAGCAGUUUAAUGAAACUUUGUACAAUACGUUGAAACAAAUAUUAAUUUACUUUUCGGUGUAAUCACACAAUCAAAACUUUUUUGGUGUGACAAGUUUGUAAUGAGGUCAUUUUAUAGAAUAUUCUAAAAAAUGAUAUCACACUGAGUUGUAUAGCGUCGUAUUUUCUCAAAAUACUGCUCGUUACUGAGGGAACGAAAGAGAUUGAAAUAGGUGAACAAUACAUUUUUUUUCUGAAUUAUUAAAUGAACUUGCCACGAGCACAAAGGUAUUGAUAGCCUCUUUAUUCGAUAUAGAUGAAAAAAUAUCCACUCGUCUUUCGAUCGUUUUUCGAUGAAUUUGAAUGCGUGUUUAUAAGAACUUAGUUUACAUUACUGUAUAUAAUUUAUGCAAGCAAUCUUGUUUAUUCACUUUUUUUAAAAUACAAUUAACGAAUUCACACACAUAUACAC